UACUCAUUUCCAGGAGUUCUCCAUGCACAAAGGAUCAUGGCUCCUGCAGCUUCGUCUGUAAAACAAAUCUGCUCAUCGUGUCUAUGUUUUUAUCUCAAUCGUUACAAAACCCUAAUUUGAAGGUCUUUUCCAACACUCCAAACCCUGCUGCUAAUCAUCGCCAUGGAAUGCCUCCGAUCAAAUUCCGUCAUAAAGCGGCUGCAAUCAUUCAUGGUCGUCGAAGUCCCGGCGCCGGAGAGCACCACUCAUUUUCCGGUCGACGCCGCAAAGCUCACGCACCUUCUCAAGACCAAAGAUCCAGCCACCAUGGCCGAGCUCGGGGGCAUCCAAGGCAUCGUCUCUGCUCUGAAUUCCGACACAAAAUUGGGGAUUCGCGGCGACGCUUCUGACCUAGGCCGCCGGAGAAAUGCGUUCGGCUCUAACGCCGGAGGAAUAUCCGGCAUACGGUCGUACCUUUGGCCGAUUCUCUGCGCCGGAAAAGUCUUUCUCGAUCUCAAGGCGGCCACGGCCUGUGCUCUGUAUCUUGUCAUCGUCGGGAUUUUAUUACAAGAUCCAAAAAGUGGGUGGGAAGAAGGAGCAGUUCCCCUGAUUUCAUUUUACGCCUGCUAUGUAAUAAAAGAAUGGAUCGAACAUGGGAUCGAGAUUCUUUUCAUGGAGGUGAGGGAAGUUGGGGAUAUGGUACUUGUAAUAAGGAAUGGACUUAAGCAGCAAAUUCCAUCGUCGGAGAUCGUCACUGGCGACGUAGUUUUCGUGAAGAAUGGCGACAAGAUUCCGGGGGAUGGACUCUUCCUCGAAGAAAUCGGCGAUCCGCCAUUGAAGUUCGAUGAAUCACACCUCAAAGAGACGGCUUUUGAGGUGGAAGUCGAUUCUUCGAAUCCUUAUUUGUAUAGUGGAUCUAUUACAAUCCGGGGGCAGGGGAAGAUUCUUAUUACCGGCGUAGGGAAGAGCACGGUAUGUUUUAUAAAGCACGGCCCGAAAAACUUCAAUCGUCGAUUGAUCAAGAGUUUAGAUCUUCAAGGUCAAGUGGAUGUUUUGGCUUGGUUUUUGAGAAAAGUGAAUCGGAUUUUGGGCGUCGCUUGUGUCUUGAUUUCGCUCGCGCGAUACUUUUCAGGACACUACAAAGACGAUGAUGGAAGAAGCUGGUUCGUACCAGGUAAGACAAAAGCAAUACAAGCGUCGUACGAUGUUGUAUACAUGUGUCUCAAUACUCUGUUGCUCUUGGCUGCCAUGGACACAAAUAACUUCCCUUGGGCAAUGAAGGUUAGUCUUUGUCAAGCCGUUUGCGAUUUCUCUCGGCGCGAUGUUGUCAUCAGAAAUCUUUUGGCGUGGGAGAAAAUCGGGCUCGGCGUUGCUAAGGUUAAUGUUGUCGAAAGAGGCGGAAAUACAUUUGUUGUGCAACGAGUCGAGGCUUCCGAGUUUUUGAAUGUCCCGCAAUUUAUUGAAGGCGUAGAAACAACGGUUUUGAUGCUCCCAAACAUUGCUGAUUUGGUUCGACAGGGGAUUUACCUGAACACGACGGCGAUUGCUUACCAUUCUACGAAAGCUGGCAAGCAUCGCUUCUCCGGGAGUCCUUUCGAGCAAGCCAUUCUGUCGGAGAUAUCUCUCGAACUGGACGUGAAUUGGAAAAGGUUGAAUGAAUCUUGCAGUGUUCAAAAAAUCGAUUCCUCGGAGGUGAAAGGGAGGAGAAUAUUGGUUCAGUUGGACGAGGAUCCUCUGCUCCAUGUGCACCGGCGAGGGCCGGCUGGUGUGAUACUCGAAAUGUGUUCGAGCUUUUAUGAUGAUUCGGGCACCUUGAGUUGUCUAAAUGAAGAAGUGAAAAAGUCGAUAGAGGCGAAGCUUCAAAGUAUCAUCAACGAUGGUGAUCAUGCCAUUGCUAUAGCGCAUCGAGUUGUUAGCAAACAAGAGUGGUUAAACGAUAGAGACUUGAUAAAGAACGAAGAUCGAUACAAUCUUUUAGGCUUCGUUGCCUUGAAAGAGAUGAAGGAAGCUAUUAAAUCGAUUGUCACCGCAGACAACAGCAGCAGCGCCGUUUGGGACGCGAAGUUUUACUUAGUCGAACACCUUGUAGAAGAUGAAGCUCUUUGCCCUGCAACAUCCUCCCCUGUUAUAAUCGAACUGAUGAAAGAAGUUGCAGGAAUUAGGCUAAUCAACAGCCAUUGCGAAAAUCUUGUCGCCUGCGACGAAUAUUUCUCGAAGAGCCUAAUCGGGACGACGAUUAUUGCUUGGGCAGUUCAAGAACUGAACUUGGAUAACGAGUUGUCGAUUUACAGGUCGCAGAACGUCGAUCUUGAGGAUGAUGGAGGCUUGGGCUUCUUGAUGAGCUUGGAGAAUGACACCAUGUAUGUCCAUGAGAAAGGAUUUGCAGAGCACAUACUAAGUAAUUGCUCGAGCUACUAUCGCACCACCGGGGAGAAACAAGUUUUCUCCGAAACUGAAAGGAUGUUGCUAAUGCAGAAAGCUCAAGUUUGGGAAUCAAGAAAGCUCCCAUGGAUUGCUUUCGUACACUAUGACAAUGAUGAUGACGACGAUGAUUAUCUGUGGUCACUCUUAGGAAUACUAAUUUUUGAUCAAAUUUCGAUCGAAAACAAUGAUGUAGAUGACGCCAUAUCCAAAGUUGGCUCAGAAGCAAGCAUUGAAGCUUCUGUUGGGAUCGAAGAUGGAGAAAUCAGCGAUACAAGAAGUUCCGACAUUCUAAUAAUGGACGGAGAUUCCUCUUCUCUCGACCUAAUCUCCGGGUGGUCGAGCUGCAUUCGACACAACUCUCAACUAUUCCUUCAGUUCCAAAUUACGACAACAAUCACAAGCAUGAUGAACACGUACAUCGGGUCCUUCUCAUCAAACGACGAUUCGUGGCUGGUUGUUUUACUAAUCCAGCUAGUGUGGGUGAAUUUCGGGAUGGGUUUCAUCGCGGCAGAGGUUUUCGGGAGGCAGAAGCCCCGGCUCGACGCAAAAUUAGGCCACCGGCUCCUAAUGAACGCGGCCAUUUUGAGGAACAUUUUGGGUCAGGUUGCAUACCAGAGCGUAGUCGUGACCGUGCUCGGCUAUUGCAGUGCCAAAAUUCUCGGGAAAAAUGGAAUAGGCGGCACGGUCACGGCAGCCAUGCCAGUGAUCCUACAAGUAUUCAACAUGGUGAAUGCGAGGAAGAUAGAGGAGAAGAACGUCUUCUCGGGUAUGCGAAGACGGAUGGCUGUGCUCGUGGCGGCGAUGGUUGCCGUGCCGAUGGUGUUGGUAGAAGCAGUCCAUGCUAUUAAUAAGUCGUCCGCCGGGUUGAGUGCGGUGGACUGGGGUAUUUGUGUCGUAUUUGGGUUCGGGACUUGGGUUGUUGCAUUUGCUGUCAAAUUUGUGCCGAUAGAAUGGCUAGGCAAGAUAGUUGAAGAAUAGAUAUUAACAUUGUACAAAAUUCCUUAAUGGACUAUGUGAUAAUCUGAAUUAUUAUUAUCUUUUUGUUUUACAUAGAUAGAGGGAUAGAUG